ACAAAUUUAAUUUAAGGAUGAAAACAGAAGAUAGAAGAACUCUAGUAUCUGUCAUAUCCUUAAAAAUCUUUGGUUUAUCGCAAUUUUAGGACAUAAUCUCAUGAAAUGCCUGCCAUUUCGUUUCCGUGUCCACUUCUUCGUCUGUAUAUUUUUUUUUUUGAAUAAUGUCCACUCUGUCUUUUCAUUUUCUGUUUUUUUUUAAUUGAUAAACAUAAGGAAUCAUUAAUUAUUUUUUCAUAAGAAUAUUUUCUUCUGUAUUGAUUUCAGGGAAUUUUUGUUUGGAUUUUUAGUUUCUUCUACAUCGCCCAUCGUUUUUGGUUUCUUCGUUUAUUCACUCUUAUCAUUAUUCUCCAAUUUACUCAGAUUUUUCUCCAAUUUAUUCAGAUUUUGAUUUGUUUGACUGUUGAUAUACAUUCACAAUUUGGGUUGUUUCAUAUAAAAGAAGGAAGAUUUUGAUUCUCAAUAACCGGUUUUAAAUGGUUGGUGUGGACUAAAAAUAGUUGAGAAAUGAUAUCAUUGUGAGGUUUGAAUACGGCAACAAUGGCGGACAUGGGAAUCCCUAGAUUUAUUCAGGGUUCCCCUGUCGUUUAAUGCAUGGUAAGAAGCGGGGUUUUAUCGUUUAUACAAACAUAUUCGAGGCAGAGCUGUUCAAAAACAAGGGAUUGUUUUGGAGUGAUUAUGGGCUGCAUUUGCUCCAAAGGUACCAAAGAUGAGAGUAUAAACGAUAAUGAGAAAGAGAAAGAUGUGAACAACAGCAGCAAGAAGGAAUCAGUGCAAUUGGUCGCUCCUACACCAACAAAGAAAGAGGACCUUUUAGGUGCUCGAGGUGGCAAUGAUGGCUCCAUUCGUCGACCAUCCAAAGUUCGUCUUUCAGUGGAUAUAGCUAACUCUCCUGCUCGGGCUGACGCCGAACUUGUUGCUGCCGGUUGGCCUUCCUGGUUAGCUUCAGUUGCCGGUGAAGCUGUUAGGGGAUGGGUGCCUCGACGGAUCGAAUCUUUUGAGAAGUUAGAGAAAAUUGGACAAGGAACUUAUAGCAGCGUAUAUAGGGCUCGUGACCUUGAAACGGGCAAAAUAGUUGCUAUGAAGAAAGUUCGGUUUGUUAAUGUGGAACCCGAGAGUGUCCGUUUCAUGGCUAGGGAAAUCAUCAUUCUGCGGAAGCUCGACCAUCCAAAUGUUAUGAAGCUCGAGUGUAUAGUCACUUCAAGGAUGUCGUGCAGCUUGUAUCUCGUUUUCGAGUACAUGGACCAUGACCUUGCAGGGCUUGCAGGAAAUCCCGGCAUCAAGUUCAAGGAACAACAGAUAAAAUGUUACAUGCAACAGCUGUUUCUUGGCCUUGAACACUGCCAUAGCCGUGGUGUUCUGCACCGAGACAUCAAGGGCUCGAAUCUUUUGAUUGACAACAAUGGAGUUCUUAAGAUUGCAGAUUUUGGUUUGGCUACAGUUUUUAAAGCUGACCAAAAGCAGCCACUAACAAGCCGUGUCGUAACUCUUUGGUACAGGGCACCCGAGCUUUUGCUUGGGGCCACUCAAUACGGAGUUGCUAUAGAUUUGUGGAGUGCGGGUUGCAUCCUUGCUGAAUUAUUUGCCGGGAAGCCUAUUAUGCCCGGAAGAACAGAGGUGGAGCAAAUGCAUAAGAUCUUUAAACUCUGUGGUUCACCCUCCGAGGAGUAUUGGCAGAAAACAAAACUUCCACAUGCAACUAGUUUCAAACCUCAACAACCUUACAAACGAUUGAUUGCUGACACUUUCAGAAAUCUGCCUCAGUCUGCCUUGUCUCUUAUUGAUAAACUCCUUGCGAUCGAACCAGAAGUUCGACGAUCUGCUACUUCAACACUUAGAAGUGAGUUCUUCACAACCGAGCCCUUCCCUUGCACACCAUCAGAGUUGCCGAAGUAUCCUCCAAGCAAGGAACAAGAUGCCAAACAACGUAAUGAGGAAGCAAGAAGGAAAAGAGCAGAGGCUAUGAAGGGUCGAGGAGCUGAAUCGGUUAGUAGAGGUUCACGAGAUCUUAAGGAAGCACGUUCACCGGAAUUCAUUGCUAAGGGACAAUCAAAACCAGGCGCCACUCAUAAAUAUGAUCAUCCUAGUGCCUCGGUCCUUGAUCCUUGCAAGGUCAACUUACAAAAUGGUAUAUCUAGUUCCUCUUCAAUGAUCCAUCCUAGGGCAGUAGAUUCAUGGAACAAGACAGGUGGUACGAGAAACAUCAGCGAGUUAAGAAAACAGAAUACAAUGAAGCCUCAGGUAGCUAACACUUUAUCUGCAAGUAACUGCAUCAUUUAUGAUAUUUCAUAUUUGGUUCAACUACUGCAGGUUUAUACAGCAAAGAAAAACAGGAUCCACUGCUCAGGACCACUGAUGCCUCCUGGGGGAAACAUUGACGAUAUACUUAAAGAACACGAGAGACAAAUCCAGCAGGCUGUACGAAAAGCACGUAUCGAGAAGUGAGGACAGCAGUAAACUUAAGUCGCAGCAAUGUAUAAAAUCGACUGCAUGAGCAGGCUUCCUUGUAUGAAGCUUGUUCUGACGGUUCUCCGAUUUCGAUAUGCCAAGUUGCAAUCCUCAUAACCUUAUCAAGUCACAACACAACGAGAUCGAGACCGAGACUGAAAUGUUAUAUUGAAUUGGGGUCAUGAGACUUUGGUGAAAUAUUGAUAGGGUUGAUUUGUAAUUGGUUUUGAUUACAUGCAUUGCUAUUUCAAAUGCAUGAGAUGGGAGGAAUGCGCUUUGUAUAGUAGUUGAAUCUCAAAGUAAGAGGGCACUUGGAGAAUGAUACACAACAUAAUCGGUAGGAAUGUAACAUUUUAUUUUAUUUUAUUUUAUUUUCUUUAACAAAA